AGCCUGAUCAUCAGCUUAGAAUGUUUUGUAGUCGUCAUUCCGGUUAGUUCACUCAAAAGAGAGAGUAUGUUAAGAGUUCCAAUGGCUGACGACGUGCAUAUCCUUCUUCGCUGUCUUCUUCCAUUGUUGUUGACCCGAAUUCAAUCUUCAGCCGAAAGAUUGAGCGUCACAUGCCUGGCAUCAGAAAAUUGUGGGCUCCCGUGUCGAUUCUCCUCUGAUGGCCGUGGUGCUCGCGUCAUGUGGUGUAAGAAAAAGGCGGUGCUGAGCGACACACGUUACGGCAACACCAGCUGGGUGGUCGGCCACAACACGCCGGCCGACAUGUACAAAGGCAGGACGGACCUGUACGCAGACCAGGUCUUGGAGGGCAACGCCACGCUGGUGCUGAGAAACGUCACACCGCGAGACGAGGGACUAUACGUCUGCAUCACCUUCACGGAGACGCAGUCCAGCAGAUCAGGCAUUAUCAACGUGACGGUGAAAGCUCCCGUCAGGAAGGUCCGCAUGGAGUUCCGUGACGAAGCGGUCUACUGUCGAGCAGAAGGCAUAUACCCGCCGCCCACGCUGAUCUGGUCCGUCGAGCCGCCCAGUGAAGCCAAACUCUUCUACAACAAAACCAAGAUGGAGGAAGCCCGUCUGGGCUUCUUCGACAUCGAGAGCGCCGUGCAGAAGAAAGCGUCCGACACCAGCAACAUGAACAUGACUUUCAUUUGUGAGGUCUCCAGCGAGGAAUCGUCUAAAAGAGCACACCUGAAGGUGGAAGGCGCCAUCAAAACACCCGCUGGCGACAAAGUCAAAGUGCCCUGCACUCUACCUCUCAAAGAACUCCACAACUUCCAUCUCACCUGGAGGGUCCAACGCUCUGUACCCAUGAGCCUCAACGAUUCGGACAUCUUCAAGAGCCAGGAGAUGGACACACCUUCGGUAUGGCGCCAUCUGAUGCUGCGCAGCGUGGAAUCAGUGCAUCAGGGCACGUACACCUGCGAGGUGCGAACACCUGAUGUAACGUACCUCACUCAGACGGACGUCAUUGUGAUCUCAGAUGAUCGUCCACCGUGGUGGUUUUACAUCGGAGUGCUGGUCUUCCACCUGAGUCUGUCCUACGCCAUCGCAGGAUGCCUGUUUGUUAAGAGGCGGGGCUCACCCAACAAAAAGGACAAAGAAAAGGACAACACAAUCCAGACAGAUGUCAAAUAACAAAUUCCAACACAUCUUAACUCAUGUUAUUGUUGCUAAUGCUAAAACUUCUCUUUGCAGCUGUAAAUACAAACCCCGUUUCCAUAUGAGUUGGGAACUUGUGUUGGAUGUAAAUAUAAACGGAAUACUAUGAUUUGCAAAUCCUUUUCAACCCAUAUUCAGUUGAAUAUGCUACUAAAACAACAUAUUUGAUGUUCAAACUGAUAAACAUUUUUUUUGCACAUAAUCAUUAACUUUGGAAUUUGAUGCCAGCAACACAUGACAAAGAAGUUGGGAAAGGUGGCAAUAAAUACUGAUAGGGUUGAGAAAUACUCAUUAAACACUUAUUUGGAACAUCCCACAGGUGUGCAGGCUAAUUGGGAACAGGUGGGUGCCAUGAUUGGGUAUAAAAGCAGCUUCCAUGAAAUGCUAAGUAAUUCACAAACAAGGAUGGGGCGAGGGUCACCACUUUGUAAGCAAAUUGUCGAACAGUUUUAGAACAACAUUUCUCAACGAUCUAUUGCAAGGAGUUAAGGGAUUUUACCAUCUACGGUCCGUGAAGUCAUCAAAAGGUUAAGAGAAUCUGGAGAAAUCACUGCACGUAAGCGACAAUAUAAUGGACCUUUGAUCCCUCAGGCGGUACUGCAUCAAAACCCGACAUCAGUGUGUAAAGGAUAUCACCACAUGGGCUCAGGAACACUUCAUAAAACCACUGUCAGUAACUACAGUUGGUUGCUACAUCUGUAACUGCAAGUUAAAACUCUGCUAUGCUAAGCAAAACCCAUUUAUCAACAACACCAAAAAACGCCGCUGGCUUCGCUGGGAUCGAGCUCAACAAAGAUAGACUGAUGCAAAGUGGAAAAGUGUUCUGUGGUCUGAGGAGUCCACAUUUCAAGUUAUAUUUGGAAACAGUGGACGUGGUGUCCUCUGGAACAAAGAGGAAAAUAACCAUCCGGAUUGUUAUGGGCGCAAAGUUCAAAAGCCAGCAUCUGUGAUAGCAUGGGGGUGUAUUAGUGCCCAAGGCAUGGGUAACUUAGGUUUUGGAGCAACAUAUGUUGUCAUCCAAGCAAUGUUAUCUUGGAAGCCCCUGCUUAUUUCAGCAAGACAACGCCAAGCCAUGUGUUACAACAGCGUGGUUUCGUAGUAAAAGAGUGCGGGUACUUUCCUGGCCCGCCUGCAGUCCAGACCUGUCUCCCAUGGAAAAUGUGUGGCGCAUUAUGAAGCGUAAAAUACGACAGCAGAGACCCCGGACUGUUGAACGACUGAAGCUCUACAUAAAACAAGAAUGAGAAAUAUUUCCACUUUCAAAGCUUCAACAAUUAGUUUCCUCAGUUCCCAAACGUUUAUUGAGUGUUGUUAAAAGAAAAUGUGAUGUAACAGUGGUGAACAUGCCCUUUCCCCAACUACUUUGGCACAUGUUGCAGCCAUGAAAUUCUAAGUUCAUUAUUAUUUGCAAAAAAAAUAAAGUUUAUGAGUUCGAACAUCAAAUAUCUUGUCUUUGUAGUGCAUUCAACUGAAUAUGGGUUGAAAAUCCCUGCUUGGCACUCAGCAUCAAGGGUUGGAAUUGGGGGUUAAAUUACCAAAAAUGAUUCCUGGGCACGGCCCAGCUCCAGCCCACUGCUCCCCUCACCUCCCAGGGGGUGAUCAAAUGUGAUGGGUCAAAUGCAGAGAAUAAUUUUGCCACACCAAGAGUGUGUGUGACAAUCAUUGGUACUUGAACUUUAACUUUAAAAGGACUUGCAAAUCAUUGUAUUCUGUUUAUAUUUACAUCUAACACAAUUUCCCAACUCACAUGGAAACGGGGUUUGUGCAGUGAAUGUAUAUGUACAGUAUGUGUAUAUGAAUGUUUGUACUGUGAUUGUAUAUGUACAGUAUUUGUAUAUGUAUGUAUGUACAGUGAAUGUAUAUGUUUAGUAUGUGUAUAUAUGUAUGUUAGUACAGUAAAUGUAUAUGUACUACCCAGGUCUGCACUAGAAUGGAGCUUGCGUACCAGUAGUAGUAGAUGUACCGCAGUUUGAGAAUCAAUGGCUUACAAUAUAUUGACCUACAUGGGAUUUUGCUUUUAACGCACAGAGGGCCUGAUCUACUAAAAGUUUACGUGUACUAAAACAUGUGCAAACUUGGUAUCACACGCAAAAGUGAUCUACUGAAGUUGUGCGCAGAGCACUGCAUAAUAAGGAGUGCAAUCUUGUCUUCAUUAAUAUGCAGAUUAUAAGAUGCAUAUUCAAAUAAAUAAAUAAAUGGCCACAAUACUGGGAGAAGAUGCAAAUAUUACUGAUUCACCGAUAUGUUUUUUUCAGAGCCAGUAUUAAUAAUUAGUAGUCAAGGAGGCCAAUAACGAUAUGGAGCCAAUAUUCAUUUGUAGUAAGAUAUAUUUGAACAUGAAUAUUAUCUAUCAGUAAACAGAUGGACAAGCCUAUAAGUAGGUUUGUUUGUUUUUUUACAUAGUUUUUUAGUGUUUAAUUUGGCAUCAAAAACCUCAGGGGAUUUGACAAACACCGUUAUUGCAUGUGUCUAAGAGGAACAUCAAUGUUUGCUUUAUAAAAAAUACCAAAACCCCCUGGGAAAAUUGGUAAAAAUAUGGGAUUUUUUUUACAUCACAAUAACUCGCCUUCUACUCACCUUUAUUGAAUUGCAUAGCAGUUUAUGGAUUUAAUACAUUGUUGGGUUUCCUCAUGAGGAACUCUGAAAUAUUGGAAAUAUUUGAAUAAAAACAAUUCUGGUCUUUUUCACAUAGUUUAUACCGUAUUUUUAGUAAGUCGCUCCGGAGUAUAAGUCGCACCUGCCGAAAAUGCAUAAUAAAGAAGGGAAAAAACAUAUAUAAGUCGCACUGGAGUAUAAGUCGCAUUUUUGGGGGAAUAGACAUUUGAAAGGCAAUUUAAAAUAAAUAAAGAAUAGUGAACAACAGGCUGAAUAAGUGUACGUUAUAUGAGGCAUAAAUAACCAAGUAAGAAGGUGCCUGGUAUGUUUACGUAACAUAUUAUGGUAAGAGUCAUUCAAAUAACUAUAACAUAUAGAACAUGCUAUACCUUUACCAAACAAUCUGUCACUCCUAAUCCAUAAAUCCCAUGAAAUCUUGUACGUCUGGUCUCUUACGUGAAUGAGCUAAAUAAUAUUAUUUGAUAUUUUACGGUAAUGUGUUAAUAAUUUCACACAUAAGUCGCACCCCUGGCCAAACUAUGAAAAAAACUGCUACUUAUAGUCCGAAAUAUACGGUAAGUUGUUAUUACAUAGCUUUUUAGAAAAAGUGGGAGCAGUAGUGACAUAAUGUUUUAUGCAGCGCUAGUGUUUAAUUUAGCAUCAAAAACCUCAGCAGAUUUGACAAACACCGUUAUUGCAUGUGUCUAAGAGGAACAUCAAUGUUUGCUUUAUAAAAAAUACCAAAACCCCCUGGGAAAAUUGGUAAAAAUAUGGGAUUUUUUUUACAUCACAAUAACUCGCCUUCUACUCACCUUUAUUGAAUUGCAUAGCAGUUUAUGGAUUUAAUACAUUGUUGGGUUUCCUCAUGAGGAACUCUGAAAUAUUGGAAAUAUUUGAAUAAAAACAAUUCUGGUCUUUUUCACAUAGUUUAUACCGUAUUUUUAGUAAGUCGCUCCGGAGUAUAAGUCGCACCUGCCGAAAAUGCAUAAUAAAGAAGGGAAAAAACAUAUAUAAGUCGCACUGGAGUAUAAGUCGCAUUUUUGGGGGAAUAGACAUUUGAAAGGCAAUUUAAAAUAAAUAAAGAAUAGUGAACAACAGGCUGAAUAAGUGUACGUUAUAUGAGGCAUAAAUAACCAAGUAAGAAGGUGCCUGGUAUGUUUACGUAACAUAUUAUGGUAAGAGUCAUUCAAAUAACUAUAACAUAUAGAACAUGCUAUACCUUUACCAAACAAUCUGUCACUCCUAAUCCAUAAAUCCCAUGAAAUCUUGUACGUCUGGUCUCUUACGUGAAUGAGCUAAAUAAUAUUAUUUGAUAUUUUACGGUAAUGUGUUAAUAAUUUCACACAUAAGUCGCACCCCUGGCCAAACUAUGAAAAAAACUGCUACUUAUAGUCCGAAAUAUACGGUAAGUUGUUAUUACAUAGCUUUUUAGAAAAAGUGGGAGCAGUAGUGACAUAAUGUUUUAUGCAGCGCUAGUGUUUAAUUUAGCAUCAAAAACCUCAGCAGAUUUGACAAACACCGUUAUUGCAUGUGUCUAAGAGGAACAGCAACAUUUGCUUUAUAAAAAAAUAGAAAAAUCCCCUGGGAAAAUUGGUAAAAAUAUGGGAUUUUUUUUACAUCACAAGAACUCGCCUUUUACUCACUUUUUUUGAAUUGCAAAGCAAGAUAAAGGAUUAAAUACAUUGUUGGUUUUCCUCAUGAGGAACUCUGAAAUAUUGGAAACAUUUGAAUAAAAACAAUUCUGGUCUUCA